AUGGCACUGGCGUCGGACUUGGCACCGUGCGAUGACUUGGUUUGCCGAUUUGGGAAGUUGGGAACUGGGUAUGGGACUGGCCGACUAGAAGUGGGGAGUGGGAACUCGGGACGUCGGCCUGUUGCGUACGGUUCAAAUGCGAGGUUACAUAGAGGUUUAUAUGGGCUCAAACAAGCUCCACGGGCCUGGUUUCAUCGGUUUAGUGCUUUUUUGUUUGCUACUGGGUUUUCUUGCAGUCGGAUUGACUCAUCUUUGUUUGUGCUUUCCAAAGGUGCUGACCUAAUCUAUCUACUAUUAUAUGUUGAUGAUAUUGUCGUAACCAGCAACAAUUCAGUUCUUCUUAAUGCUUUUAUUAGCAAAUUAUCCAAGGAGUUUGCCACCAAGGAUAUGGGCUCAUUAAUUUAUUUUUUGGGCCUCGAAGAACAUCGGACUUCCUCUGGCCUGUUUAUUAGUCAAGCUAAAUAUGCUCAUGAAAUUUUGCAGCGUGCCAAACUCGUUGAUAGUAAGCCCAUGAGCACUCCCAUGGUCGUUGCACAUCACUUGUCUACUGAUGGUCCUGACUUUGAUGAUCCCUCACUCUACCAGUCCCUUGUUGGUUCUCUUCAAUAUCUCACUAUCACUCGGUUGGACCUUGCUCAUGCUGUCUCUGCUGUGAGUCAAUAUAUGCAUAAACCUUCCCUUUGCCACUUUCAGGCUGUUAAACAAAUCCUACGCUACAUCAAGGGCACCUUGCGGUAUGGCCUCUCUUUCACUCCAUCUUCUUCUUGCAAUAUUCUCGCUUACUCAGAUGCUGAUUGGGCCGGCCGUCCUGAUACACAACGGUCUAUCUCUGGCUAUGCUAUUUACCUUGGUGAUAACCUUGUCUCUUGGCAUUCCAAAAACAACCGACUGUGUCUCAUUCAAGCUAUGAAUCCGAAUACCGAGCGCUUGCCAGCACUGCUGUCGAAGUCAAGUGGCUUGGUCAUCUUCUUCGUGAUCUCAAGGUGA